CUUGAAAUUUUACAGAUGUUUUCAUUUUGAGACAUGAUGGCGGAGAAUAUUACAGACACCGAGUUACAGUUGGCUCUAGAGCUCAGCAAGAAGACUUACGAGGAAGAGGAACGGCGAAGGAAUGAAAGGAACGAUUUGAUACGCUUCGAAUCCCCUGAAAACCCUGUGCGAAGGGAACAGAUCAAUCAAAUUAAGCGGUUGUAUAGUCAGUCAAGUUUUGACGCGGAGCAAACUCUCAACUCAGGUCACUAUUUUGGCCAGCCUCAGUGUUCGAAUACUGAUCCUCGACGUCAGUCCCCACUUUUCUAUUCCAAUAAUGAUCAUACAAUACUAAAUGCUGUGCCCACAUCCUUGCCAACGCCUCCAGCUUUGCCUCCAAAGACUUACCAACGCAGGCCUCCGUUUCCUCCAUCUCCGGAUUUGAACUUGCUUUACGAUGUACCUCCACCUUUGCCACCAAGAACUCACCGACCUGAGCAGACUUCUUUACCGAUAGGCAGUACAGGAUCACUAUAUCCUGCAUUUUCUCAAGGCAGCGGUCAACCCACUUCUAGCACUGAUUCGCCAUUCAUGCCAACAAUUGAUCCAUCUGAAAGUAUUCCUUACGUAAACGCUGAACUAUAUGUACCUUACACAGUAUGCUCAAAUCGCCUUCAGAAUGGUGAUUUGAUAGAUCUUGGUUCUGUGGAAGAUGAUAAUUGCCCGGAGUUGACUCUAGAGCAGAUUCGUCGAGAGUUCGAUCCUCUUUAUCGUCCUCCUGAAAAGCGUUCACAAACCUUAUCAGCGGUGCAGGUACCUGGUAGCAGUGUUGAAGAAGUCGAAGUGCCUUCUGUCACUCGAACACAGUUGAAAAAAGAAGCAAAUAAUGAAGAAGAAAACAAGGAGAACAGUGUUCAGAAUUGGUUGUCUUUGGAUUGCAUUUCUUUGCAGGAUCAUGUGCCAUCCGUUCUUCAGCAGAUCGCCAUAGUCAAAGAAAAGGGUAUGAAGAACGGUACUUCAUCGUCGCUGUUUUUCAUGUCACCAAUCGCUGACUAUAUGACAACGUCAGCAAAAAGUGUGAAAAUUGUUGUCAGCAAGGAUUACACGUGGCCGCACUGCGAUCAAAGUGAGCUGGCUUUCACAUCUGCUACGGAAACUUCAGUAGAGUUGCUAAUUACACAACUACUCGCGGACUUAUUGAGUGACUCCGAACUAGUCAAUGGGGUCCCAGUUGAGAGAUAUGGCUUGAAGAUAUUCGGCUUGGACGAGUUCUUACCCAAAACGGCUGCUCUAGGUAAUAAUCUAUACGUUGGCAAUUGUAUACUGCAUGGAAAAGAUGUCAAGUUAGAAAUUGGACGCUUUGAGCCCUCCUUUGUUCGUCCCGUCAGCCCUUCGCCGCCAUGGGAGAAAAUGAAGGCUCAGUUCAAGUAUUCUUCUAUACUGGAUAAGGAAGACAUUGAAAACAUGAUCGUCCAUCUUAAAGCGGAAAUGACCGAGUACGAAAAUGCUUUUCAUUCAUCGUCUACGUUGAAAAUUUCUUCCACUUCUAAUAAAGUUCGGCAAUGUGUGAAGAUGCUGUGCAAGCUCAUAAAUUCCAUCGAACCUAUAAAUCUGCAUCAGUAUCUUCAGAACUAUCUGACGGCAGCGACCAACGAUCAAUUGCGGUGCGCUCGAAAUGACUUUAUUGCUUCAUUGCAUGGACUUAUCUCUGUGUACUGUAACUGUACACUUAGCUCUUAUAAACUGGCUCCGUUGAGGCCUGUGGUUAAACAGAAGAAAGAGAUAUUGCAUUGCAAAGAGAAACUCAAGGUGAUGGUGAACUCCGUGCAUAAUCUGGUGGAAAACUGGAUGAGGGAUUAUACGGAAUUCUUUGUCACCGUUAAUGUGUACUAUGGGACUCAACUUCUGGCUGGUCAUAACAAAUGUAUUUCAAAAACUGUCAAACACGAUGCCUUUUUCCCGUAUAUCCCUAUGAAUGUCUAUGUUUGCUUUGAAGAUGUACUGUGUACAUGCCCGAGGGAGACGAAAAUUAUGUUUAUUCUUUCCGGCUAUUCUGCCGUGCCCAAUGCGGGCGCGGAUGGAAGUUCUGAUAAUACACGUCGGCCAUUAGCAUUUGCAUCCUUGCCGCUUUUCGAUCAUGAGAUGUUGUUGCGUCAAGGACAGGUUUUCGUACCUUUGUCGGUGCUCAAAGAGCCUGUGCUGAAACCAUGGGGUCCAAAUCCUCUUAUUGCCAACGAAAAGGAUCCUAUUCUCAUCGUAACCUUACCUUCUUACGAAUAUCAGGUGGUGUUCCCCGAUGUCGCUAUUGAAUAUCAAAGUAUCAAACAAGAUCCAUCAUCGUUAGAUAGCGAAACACAGGAGUACUUGAUGAGCCUGGUUGAAGCUGGAGACCCGCAAACCUUAAAACCCGACGAGCUGGAGUUGCUGUGGCAAAAACGCUCCUAUCUUAUGCAUCUACCUGAAGCUUUACCUUUGGUGCUAUCAUCUGUUACUGAUUGGGGUUAUUACUUCCUCUCCAAUGUGUAUCAGAUUCUCGAGGAUUGGGCUCCUCUUUCACCAGUACAAGCUAUGCAAUUACUACUUCCUCAAUACCCGGAUAUGCGCAUAAGACAAAAGGCAAUUGAAUGGAUCCUCUGUGCGUCAUCAGAUUUUCUAUUCAAUGCUCUUCCGCAGCUCGUAGAGGCUCUUCGUUUCGAGAUUUUUGAAUCUUCUUCACUGGCCAUAGCUCUCCUGACUCUUUCGUAUAAAGAUAGAAGAUUUGCCUUUGAAAUAUACUGGCAGCUACAGCAACGCAUUGAUCACUGUAUGGAUCUUGCAUAUGCGCAACGUUGUACACUUCUGCAAAAGGAGUUGCUCGAGCGUCAUGAAACGGAUCAUCUGAGAGACGAAAUUGCAAGGCAACAUAAGUUACUCAAUGAGCUGGAUUGUAUUCAGAUGGAUCUUCGAAGGGAGGAGUCGGAACAAACAAGACUUUCGCUGCUUCGCUCUCGUCUUGGUGCGUUGGACGGGUCCCUGCUUCAACACAAUGCUCGACUUCCGUGCAUUCCGUCAUUUCGAUGUAGCGGUGUUGUAACACGUGAUUGCAAAAUUUUCAACUCAAACGCCAAGCCACUCAAGAUUGUUUUCCGCGGACUCAACUCCACUUACGCAAUCAUGCAUAAGACUGGUGAUGACAUGAGGCAAGACGCGUUGGUACUACAAAUGGUUGCAUUCAUGAAUGACAUAUGGCUGAGCGAACAUCUUGAUCUUAGAAUGAUAACUUUUCGCUGUAUGCCCGUCGGGUAUAGAAAAGGCAUGGCUGAGUUAGUUUCGGACUGUGCAACACUUUGUGAAAUACAGAAGGAAGUUGGGAUGACUGGUGUUUUCAGCAAAGAUGUGCUUCGAAACUGGCUAAUGAAACAUAACACAACUGAAUUUCUUUACAAACAAGCUUUGGAUAAUUUCACGCGGUCAUGUGCUGGUUGGUGUGUUGCAACCUACGUGUUGGGAAUUGGUGAUCGUCAUAAUGAUAACAUACUUGUGACUACCGCUGGCCAUGUUUUCCAUAUCGAUUUUGGGAAAUAUAUGGGUGACUGGCAGACAGCUGCUGGUUUCAGAAGGGACCGUGUGCCUUUUGUUUUCACCUAUGAGAUGUACUUCGUGAUCAAUGGUGGUAAUCAGCAGAGAGAAAGCUACCAGACGUUCAUAGAUUAUUGCUGCAAGGCGUUCAAUUAUCUGCGUCGAAACUACAGUAUUCUUACCAAUCUACUCAAGAUAAUGGCCUGUUCUGACAUCUCUGGCAUGAACAUAGAGUCCUUGAACUUUGUGGAGAAGAAUCUGAUGCUUGAGCUCAGCGAGACUGAUGCAGUGAUACAGUUCACGCAGUUGAUAAACCAUUCACUGAAAUCGGCUUUCCCGCGAAUCAACUUCUUCUUCCAUACUUUGGCUCAGGUGAUGAGUUCCAGUGCAGCUAACAGCUCGAAAAACAAUGAAGCUGUCCUUAGUUUUGUGCCGCAACUUUACACGCAAAAUACGGAUGGAAAAAUUAAAAAUGUUCGUGUGAUAUCGUUUGAAAAACGAUUUCUUCCCAACAAAGUAUAUCUCUACAAAGUGGAAGUGGUACGUGAAUCUGAGACAGUCCCAGCUUAUGUUUACAGGUCCUUCACCGAGUUCAACGAACUUUAUAUCAAACUAAGACGAAGGUUCCCUACUGUUGCAUUUCCUGCACUUAGCCCGGGUACGAAGAUGCGAUCUAAUGUUCGAGAAGUAGCACAAAGACGCAUGGUUGAUGUGGAGUCAUUCCUGCGGUACCUAUUCUCACUUAGUCCAGAAGUUUGUCAUUGUGAUUUGGUGUACACCUUCUUCCAUCUCAUACUUCGAGAUAGCGACAUCGAUUCGUAUGUUGAUAACGAAGAUGUGCACCCUGACAUUCAUCGCAAUCAGUGUGAGGUAUAUCUGAAAAUACAGUUUAAUGACAGUAAGUCGCAUUCGCAGCUGAGUAUAUUUGUAGGUCAUGUGAAGCAUCUAGCGCUAUUGAGUACUGGACAGGCUCCAGAUUCGUACAUGAAGGCUUACAUUCGUCCUGAUCCACAAAAUCUGACGAAACGAAAAACACAGAUAGUCAAAGCUAGUCAGAAUCCUACAUUCAAUAAAGAGCUUUAUUAUGAUAUAAUGGAUGGAGAACAUAUGCUUUCCACUCGUGUGUUGGAAGUAUCCGUAUGGAACUGUGGUGGCUUGAUGGAUAAUAACAAGAUGUACACACUUUACAUUCCUCUGCAAAAACUGAAAAAUCAGCCUGUAGAUCGCAAAGGAAAUCGAGUUCUUGAGGGGUGGUUUGCUUUCGAUAAAAGCAUGUGAUAGCUAUUGCCUAAGUCUGCUAAUCUUCUAUGUUCACUUGCAAUUUUUUGCUUUCAAACCGGUUCAGUAUUAUAUUUGUUGGCAUUCAAAGAUUGUAAAGACAGAUUCUUGUCUUGUAAUGGAACUACGAGUAAUUCCUUUUGUAUGUGAUAAUUUUCCUCUUGUACAAUAAGAUAAUUUAUACCACGC